AUUGGAACUAAACAAGGCCCUGGUGCGGCUCCGGUGUGCGCAGUGUGCUAGUGGGAUUCGAUUUCUUUCUCCUCCUCAUCACACGCCGCCACCGGCCGAUCAGAUCCAGGCGCCUCACCCGGCGGCCAUGUCACCGGCGGCGGCGUGGUGCGCGCAGCACCGCCUCCGGUUCCUCCUACCGUCCCUCUUCCUCGCGCCCGUCCUCUUCUUCCUCCUGUCGCCGCCGUCGCCGCCGCCCUUCGUCAGCCUCCCCGCCCCCGGCAGAGAGCUGCCUCCUUCGGGCUCGCGGCUCAUAUGGGCGCAGCGGCGGUUGGUGGAGUGGCGCCCGUGCGGGUGGUGGCGGACGGCACCAGUGCAAGCUCCGUCCAGGAGGAACGGGUACAUCCGAAUAGACUGCUACGGUGGUCUCAACCAGCUGCGACGUGAUCUAUGUGACGGAAUUGGGGUUGCACGUCUUCUGAACGCAACGAUGAUUCUGCCCAAGUUUGAGGUUGCCGCCUAUUGGAAUGAGUCUAGUGGCUUUGCAGAUGUUUUCGAUGUUGAUUACUUCAUUGAGCAGACUAGAGGAUAUGUGGAAGUUAUGAAGGACUUGCCUGUGGAGAUAGCAUCCAAAGAGCCGUUUAAGGUUGACUGCAGUAAACGGAAAGGACAUUUUGAUUAUGUUGAAAGUGUACUUCCAGCUCUCUUGGAGCAUCAAUACAUCUCACUGACACCUGCCAUGAAUCAAAGAAGAGAUAGAAACCCCUCAUAUGCAAAAGCUUCAUACUGUCAAGGCUGCUACAGUGCUCUCAGGUUGAAUAAGAAAGUGCAUUCUAAAGCUGUUGAGCUUCUCCAAGCCAUACCAAAACCCUUCUUAUCCCUUCACCUGAGAUUUGAACCAGAUAUGGUUGCCUACAGUCGGUGUGCAUACACUGGUCUUUCUUCCAAAUCAAUGGACUCCAUUGAAGCUGCACGUGGGGAGGGUAGGAAGGUAUUGACAGGUGAUGCUGCCCGCUUGUGGAGGAACCGUGGCAAGUGCCCUCUAACACCAAGUGAAACAGCAUUUAUCCUCCAAGCGUUGGACAUUCCUACAAAUACAAACAUUUAUUUAGCCGCUGGUGAUGGGCUAAUGGAACUUGAGGGUUUCACAUCUGUUUACAAAAAUAUAUACACUAAAUCAUCUCUCCUGGCCCAUGAAGAUUUUGAGAAUAUGCAUGGCAACACAAAAGCUGCUCUUGACUACUAUGUUUCAGUCAACAGUGAUGCCUACAUUGCCACAUUCUUUGGAAAUAUGGAUAAGAUGGUAACUGCAAUGCGAACAAUGCAAGGUCUCCAGAAGACACUGGUCUUGAGCAGGAGGGAUUUUGCAAACUACACUGCCGCUGGACUAGCAGGAGAGCAACUGGCUAAGGCUAUGUGGGAUGUUCAUCGAGAGGAAUAUAUCAGGGGCAGGGGAUCGGCUCUGCCUGAGUACUGCUUUUGUGAGUUCAAAUUGUAGCACUUGUGGGCUAGUGGCAUGAGGUUUACCUAGACUGACACCUGUUAGCUUAUAAUGCAACUCGUCGAUCACUGUGAUUGUGUAAAUAUGAAUAUGCUGUUACUGCAAUAGUGCAAUGAGAUUUUGAUCAGAUGACCUUCAACUGGGUACUGCCGAGAUAGAUGUUUUAUGACCUGGCCUUCUGCAUGAGUCAGCUGCGUUGUAGUUUCCAGACCAAGAUAAAUGCUCUGGUUGGGCUUCACUGGGUGCCACAUGCCAGGACGCCCGUCCUUCGUUCAUGUACUACCUGCUUCCAGUGCUCGUUAUCAUCACUGCCUUUGGGACAUGUUCCGCUGGACGAGCUGCCCCUAACAGGGCUAACACUGUUUCUGACUGCUUACUGGAUUUUAGGAAGGUUUCAUGAAAUUUCAGCACAUGAUUAACUCAUAUGCACCAUAGCUGCAACUAAUAUAGUAAUACGUCAGGAUGGAUGGUUUCUUUACGUUCCUAACCACUUUCUUUGUGAUAUGUAACCGGCACUACACUAUGGGAUCUCAGAUAGUUGUAUUGUGUACACCGUUCAUUCGGCGCUCUAUGUUCUUGAUGAAAUACGUGUGAAGUUGUUUUUUCUAAA